AUGAUGGGAAAUGAUGCUGCCCUGGUUGCCUCAUUACUCCAACGGCUUGCUUCUGCUUUCAAAAUUAGGGAUCUCGGUACUCCUCAUUUCUUCUUGGGCAUAGAAACUAUUUCCGAUGGUGAUUGUAUUAUCCUCUCUCAACGUCGAUACAUGACUGAUCUCCUAAGUCGAGCUGGAAUGGUAGACUGCAAGCCACUUGCCACACCAGCAGCCGUUACAAAGUCAGUCACACCAUCUGAAGAACCGUUUGACAAUCCGACUCAAUAUCGGCGUGUGGUUGGUGCUCUACAAUACCUAACCAUCACACGACCCGACCUUUCAUACUCAGUCAACUGGCUAUGUCAGUUCAUGCACUCACCUACAACUGAACACUGGGGGCUCGUCAAACGUGUCCUGCGUUACAUAAAGGGGACCAUCUCGCUAGGGCUACGGUUUUCGCCCUCAUCUACUACUCACAUACAGGCCUACUCGGACUCCGACUGGGCAGGGUGUCCUAUUGAUCGCAAGAGUAUAAGUGGUUUCGCGGUAUAUCUAGGCUCUAAUCUCAUCUCCUGGUUAUCCAAGAAACAACGCACCGUGGCCCGGUCCUCCACAGAGGCUGAAUACAAAGCCCUAGCCGAUGUAUCCGCUGAAGUUACUUGGGUUAUUUCCUUACUCCGAGAAUUGGGGCUACACUCCGGCGAACCUGCUUCUUUAUGGUGCGACAAUCUAGGUGCAACAUAUCUUUGUGCCAACCCGGUCUUUCAUGCACGCACCAAGCACGUUGAAAUUGACUAUCAUUUUGUUCGAGACAAGGUGGCGUCCGGGAAAUUUGUGGUUAACUACAUCUCAACUACUGAUCAACUAGCUGACAUUUUCACCAAACCUCUUCCAGCUCCACGCUUUGCUACUCUACGGGACAAGCUCAACAUUGUGCUUCACCAACCUUGA